UUCACGUUUGAAUUUCCUUUUUACUGUUUCAUCAUAAUGUUGCGUUCUUUUGCUGCCUCUCAACAAUUGAAGAAUGUUGCCGUUCGUCAACAAAGCCGACUUUUCGGUGCUGCUUCUGCUGCUUUGCAAAAGUUCCGUUCUGAACGUGAUACUUUCGGUGACCUUCAAGUCCCUGCUGACAAGUACUGGGGUGCUCAAACUCAAAGAUCCUUGCAAAACUUCAAGAUUGGCGGUCCUCGUGAACGUAUGCCCGAACCUUUGAUUAAGGCUUUUGGUGUGGUCAAGAAAGCUGCUGCAUCUGUCAACCAAACUUACGGUUUGGAUCCCAAGGUCGCUGAAGCUAUCCAACAAGCUGCUAAUGAAGUGAUUGAUGGUUCUCUUAGCGAACAUUUCCCUCUCGUUGUUUGGCAAACUGGCAGCGGUACUCAAACUAAUAUGAAUGUGAAUGAAGUUAUUUCCAACCGUGCUAUUGAAUUGCUUGGUGGUGAACUUGGUUCCAAGAAUCCUGUUCAUCCUAACGACCAUGUAAACAUGAGCCAAUCUUCCAACGAUACUUUCCCUACUGCUAUGCACGUUGCUGCCGUUGUUGAAAUUACUCAUCGUCUUAUCCCUGCUCUUACUGAAUUGCGUGAUGCCAUUCAAGCAAAGUCGGAUGAAUUUAAGGAUAUUAUCAAGAUUGGUCGUACUCAUUUACAAGACGCCACUCCCUUGACUCUUGGUCAAGAAUUCUCUGGUUAUGCUCAACAACUUACUUAUGGUAUUCAACGUGUGGAAGGUUCUCUUGAUCGCUUGUACAAUUUGGCUCAAGGUGGUACUGCUGUCGGUAGUGGUAUCAACACCCGUGUUGGUUUUGAUGAAAAGGUCGCUGCCGCCAUUGCUGAAAUCACUGGUCUUCCUUUCAGAACUGCUCCCAACAAGUUCGAAGCCCUUGCUGCUCAUGAUGCUAUUGUUGAAGCUCACGGACACUUGAAUACUGUUGCUGUCUCCUUGAUGAAGAUCUCCAAUGAUAUCCGUUUCCUUGCCUCUGGUCCUCGAUGUGGUUUGGGUGAACUCGAAUUGCCUCAAAAUGAACCUGGUUCUUCCAUUAUGCCCGGAAAGGUGAACCCUACUCAAGUUGAAGCUAUGACUAUGGUUUGCUCUCAAGUCAUGGGAAAUAACACUGCCGUAUCUAUUGCUGGUUCCAACGGCCACUUUGAACUUAACGUUUUCAAGCCUGUCUUGAUUAAUAACCUUAUUCAAUCUGUCCGCCUUCUUUCUGAUGCUGCUCAAUCCUUCACCCAAAACUGUGUUGUCGGAAUCAAGGCUAAUGAAGAAAAGAUUGAUCGUAUCAUGAACGAAUCCCUCAUGUUGGUGACCGCUCUUAAUCCUUACAUUGGUUAUGACAAGGCUGCCAAGUGUGCCAAGAAGGCUCAUGCUGAAGGAACUACAUUGAAAGAAGCCGCUAUGUCCUUGGGUUACUUGUCUUCUGAACAAUUUGAUGAAUGGGUUGAUCCUAAGAAGAUGUUGGGUCCUCACUAAACACUCCCACAUGCAUGAAUUAGAUUUAGAUUAGAUUAGUGUUUUUAAAGGCCUCAAUAAAAAAAAAAAUGUUUUGACUUUUUAAA